GUGAAAAAUUCAAGCUUUUUCCCUAAGGAAGACAAAAGAAAAUGCUGUAAGGUGGGUACGCGUUGAUUGGAAAAAGUGGGACAAAAAAGGAAAAGCAAUAACAAAAGAAAGAAGAAAAAUCCAUACCUCUUUUAUUUAUAUGAAAGGGAAGAAUAGAAAGAUAAGAAGAAAAGCUUUGAAUUGGAGCAUGGAGAAAGAAGAAGUGGGUGCAAAAUGGGUAACACACUAUUCAAGUGAUCACCAAAUACUGUUGGUUGGGGACGGUGAUUUCUCCUUCUCUCUUUCACUCGCACGAUCCUUCGGUUCUGCUUCCAACAUUGUAGCUUCUUCUCUUGAUUCCUACGAUGAUGUUACCAAGAACUACAAGCAAGCGAAAUCGAAUUUAGACGAACUACAAAAGCUAGGAGCGUGCUUGUAUCACGGAGUGGAUGCAACCAAGAUGAAGUAUCUUCUGGAAUUCAAGAUGCGCAGGUUUGAUCGCAUUAUAUUCAACUUUCCUCAUGCAGGUUUCCAUGGAAAGGAAGACAACUUGACAGUGAUUCAGAAGCAUAAAGAUCUUGUGCUUGGUUUCUUCAAGAAUGCAAGUUGCAUGCUUAGUGCUAAUGGUGAAAUUCAUGUGAAUCAUAAGACUAGUCCUCCUUUCAGCAACUGGGAGAUAGAGAAGCUUGGUGAACAAAGCUUAUUGACAUUGAUCGAGCUUGCUGACUUCAGGAAAGAAGAUUACCCUGGUUAUAACAACAAGCGAGGCGAUAGUGGUAGAUGCGAUGAACCCUUUCCACUCGGAAUGUGCAGCACUUACAAGUUUAUUUUCAAUCCUAGAGCUACGAUGAGGAAGUGGGAGAGGAAAAGGAAAAGGGGUUUAGGAGAGCAAAUAUGCCGCCCAUAUCAAGAAAUACAAGAUGCUAGGCAGCAAUUACCAACUACUUCAGUUUAUCUCAAUUGUUAUUUUCAAUCAAAUCAAGUUUCCAAAUUCCAGCGAAUCAUGUCAUCACUGUAUGGUUUGUCAAAUGAACACGCUCCAAUCGGAUGUGGCUACCUGAACAAUGUUGAUGCAACACACCAUAGAGCUGCUCAUUGUGCUGCCUACUAUUCUCUGGGUAUGAGACAGAGCUCUCAGAGAUUGUUGCAACCAAUGAAGCCAUUGAAUUCUUUCCAACCAUGGCCAACAUUAACUAAUGUUAGAUAUUCUCAAACAAAUUAUGUUAGAACAACGGAUAUCACUCCGCUGCCACUUGUUGCUAGAAAUGAAGGCUACCAAGUCUAUAGUGGCAGUUCAAAUUAUAUGGGAGAAGCAGUUGGUGGAACAGUUCAAAGUUAUCACUAUAAAAGAGUAGAGAGACCUGAAUUCCAUAGCCAUAUCUCUCAGUUGCAUUGGAAAGAAGUUGUCAAUGGUGGCAACUAUGUUCAUAGUGACAUUCCCAGGAUGAGUGUGAUAGAAGAGAGGAAUAUGAUGUUUGUUAGGUCCUGAUGAAUGAUGAUGUUGUUAAUCAUCCCUUUUUUCUAUUUGACUUAUUAAGCUAUCAA